AAGGAGGAAGAAGAAAAAUAAGAAGAAAAAAAGUUGACGAAGAAAAGAAAAAAGUGGAAAAAGAGAAAAAGGAAGAGGAGGAAGAGAAAGAGGAAGAGAAAGAGAAAGAGGAAGAAGAAGAAGACGCGAUGUUACCUGUUAGGUGCAGCUACGAGGAGGCGCGACGACGUAGACGACGACGAGGAAGGAAAGAAGUAAAUCAUCGUCGUGACUCGAUCUGAUCGACAAAGUUAUUUUAACUUUAUUUCGUUCAUUUUUUGUUACUUUUAUUUAUCUAAUUAAUUAUUUAUUUAUUUAUUUCAUUUUCUUUUCUGUUUAUUUAUUUAUUUAUUUAUUUUUUUCUUAAUUAGUUCGUUUCCCUUCUGAUUUUCGUUUUUGUUUUUCUCCCGUUCUUAACAUAUCUCUAACCAAAUUGGCCCAGGAGUCCAAGCCUCCCCCACUCCACCUGAACAAUACCCACAUUGAUCUCAUCUCUCGUCAAUCUCUUUGCCCUUUCUUCAUCUUUCCUACUCGAUUAUCUUGACUAACACCGAGAUAUUCUAUCUAUUCGGGAGGAGAAAGUAAAUCUUUAAAGUAAAAAAUUUACGACAUCUAACCAAUAAUAAGUGAUAUAUACCUAUAUGUGUUCUCGAGUUAAUAAAAAAAAACGUGUGUGUUAAGUUCGUGCUUAAGGACAAAAUCGAGUUCUAUUCUAUCUUUUUAUCUUUCUUCGUUUUUCCUUUUUUCUUUUUUUCUUUCCUUCUUUCUUUCUUUCUUUUUUUCUUUCGGAUAUGUCGCGCAAGGACGCGAUGAUUCGAUCGGUGCAAUCGAGAAAAGGUGCGAGAAAGAAGUGAUAGUGAAAGACGUGAAGUGAUAAAAAAAAAAGAGGAAGCGUGCGAGAAAGAGAGAGAGAGAGAGAGAGAGAGAGAGAGAGAGAAAGAGAGAGAGAGAAAGAGAGAAAGAAAGGGAGGAAGAAGAUAGGCUUAGGAAAGCCGGUGUAGUAAGGAUACGAAAUCAAGAUUCAAAAGGGAACCCGCGAAGUCGCGGGAUAAACUAUUCAACCUGGCGGACCAAGAAGAAAGUGGUUCGACUGCGAUGCAGGGCAAGGAAAGCCCCGUCGGGUCCAACACCCAGGAGACUCAUCAGUAUGUCGGCCCUUAUCGCCUCGAAAAGACCUUGGGUAAAGGGCAGACCGGGUUGGUCAAACUGGGCGUCCACUGCGUGUUGGGCAAGAAAGUGGCGAUCAAGAUCAUCAACCGCGAAAAAUUGUCGGAGUCCGUGUUGAUGAAAGUUGAACGCGAGAUUGCCAUUAUGAAGCUGAUAGAUCAUCCCCAUGUUCUCGGCCUUUCGGACGUUUACGAGAAUAAGAAAUAUCUAUACCUCGUUCUGGAACACGUCUCAGGUGGAGAGCUCUUCGAUUAUCUGGUUAAGAAGGGCAGAUUAACGCCGAAAGAGGCCAGAAGAUUUUUUCGACAAAUCAUUUCCGCAUUAGACUUUUGCCAUAGCCAUAGCAUAUGUCAUAGAGAUUUAAAGCCUGAAAAUUUGUUAUUGGAUGAGAAGAACAAUAUUAAGAUAGCGGAUUUUGGGAUGGCGUCGUUGCAGCCAGCGGGUUCAAUGUUGGAAACAAGCUGUGGCUCGCCCCAUUAUGCCUGUCCGGAAGUGAUCAGAGGAGAAAAAUACGAUGGUAGAAAAGCAGACGUAUGGUCAUGCGGUGUUAUACUUUAUGCACUUUUAGUUGGAGCUUUACCCUUCGACGACGAUAAUCUAAGAAAAUUAUUAGAGAAAGUUAAACGCGGAGUGUUUUACAUACCACACUUCGUACCACCGGAAUGCCAGAAUCUACUUCGAGGAAUGAUAGAGGUUGAUCCGGACAAAAGAUUAACGCUUGCCGAAAUAAACAGACACCUGUGGGUAACGGCGGCGGGGAAAGGAGAAUUAGAAUUGGAAUUAUCGAUGAUGGACGUGGUGCAGACGCACGUUCUUCCGUCCGUUGAUGCCAUCGAUCCUGACGUCUUGCAAGCGAUCGCUAGUUUGGGAUGUUUCAAAGAACGCGAUAAAUUAAUUCAAGAACUUCUUAGCCCGAAUCAUAACACGGAGAAAGUGAUAUACUUUCUCUUGCUCGAAAGAAAACGAAGGAGGCCAGCAUGCGAGGACGAGCUCGAGGUAAUGAGAGGUGGUGUAAGAGGAUCUGGGGGACAAUUGGAAGCCGAUCCACCAAGAAAACGAGUGGAUACGUGUCGUGUUAACGGCAGUACCGCGUUAAAUCUUGGACAAAUUAGUCAUGGUUCACCUUUGACACCAAGAAGACAGUCAAGUGCGAGGCAUCACCCACGACGUUCACCCAGUACCGGAUGUCAUACGCACGCAUCUCACUCGCACGCAUCGACACCUGGUGGUUCACCGUUACACGUACCGAACGUGCCAGGUCUUCUAAGUCCGCAUAGAUCGGUGCCAACCUCUCACAUAAGUCAAACGGGUAGUCCUCAUCGACUUUCGACUGUAACCACUACUGGUGGAAAUGGUACUCCUCCGAGUCAAGGGGUGCCAACUCCAACGCCAGCCCUGGCCAACGUAGGGAUCGAAUUGAACGAUGUUCAACCCGUGGUCGCAGUCGGUGUUACACCGCCAGGCUCGCCACACACUGGCGCAGGUUCCGGCGCUUACCAUUGGAGAUCUCGAUUGACCACAUUGAAGAAUUCCUUCCUGGGUAGCCCCAGAUUCCAUCGUCGUAAAUUACUCACCAGUACGGAAGAGGUACAUCUAACACCGGAAUCAUCCCCGGAAUUAACAAAAAGAUCAUGGUUUGGUAGUUUAAUGACGACCGAAAAAGACGAAACAUUUACAGUUCUCGUUAAAGGAAAACAAUUGGCCAGCGUGAAAGCCGAUUUAAUUCACGCUUUUUUGUCGAUAGCCGAACUAUCGCACAGUGUGAUUUCGCCGAUGUCGUUCAGAGUAGAAUAUAAAAAGGGUAGCACGGCACCGGCCAUGUUUCAAAGGCAGGUCCGAUUUCAAGUUGACAUAAGUAGUAUUACGAAGCAGUCUAACGAGCCAUUAUUCGCCAUUACUUUUACGUUAUUAAGUGGAAAUAUUCGAAGAUUUAGGAGGGUCUGCGAGCACAUACAAUCGCAAGUAUGUUCUAGAAAUGUCGGUUUGAAUUUAACUGGCCAGAGCAGAGCAGCACCACCGAGUCCAAGAGCAUCUAGAAAGUUUGCCACGGAAAUGAGCGAAAGUUCCAGCUGCGGAAGUGACACCAGCGAAAGGCUAUUCCUCAGUCCUCAUCCCGCUACCAGACAGGUAGUCUGUUUCAACAAGAUUCGAAGAUGAACAAUCAUGAAGAAAAAUAUCCCCAUGCUAAAAAAAUGCGAUGUGACUGGAAUGCCAAUGUGAGAUCGUCAAAUGAAAAUCAUCUACUGAAAAUCGGCGAGAAUAGGUAUAGUAACGAAAUGAAAAUAAAUAUUAUUCAAUUGAUUAAUAUAAAUCAAAAAGAUCUAAAAUUAAAUAAUAAUAACAAUAACAUAUUUAUUUUUCAAGAUAGUCUGAACAUUAUAAUUAUCCUCAAAAAUUUUUGAACAACUUAAAUAAUUCAGAUUUAGAUUUGAAAAAUCUUUACUUGAAAUAAUAUUAAAUACUUUGCGAAUUGGAAGUUUUAUUUUACAAAUAUAAAUGCAAUGGACAUUUCAAACAUAAUUUUAAUUUUUUAUUAAUUUCUCAAGUAAUAAGUACAAAAACUCAUAUAUGAGAACUCGUGGUAUCACAAACGAUUAAUAUACGAGUAAUUCUAUAAGAAUAAAUUCACAAUUAGAUAAUAAUAUACUUCUAACGAUAAUUAUAUUUAUAAUCUGUAAGGGAAUAAUAAUUAAAGAUAUAUAUAGAAACAAGCAUAGAUCAUAGAACUUCACAAAUUUAUUUAGAUAAUAACAAACAAAAUUGUGAUAAUUUUGUGAGUAUUACUUUCUGCCCUUAAGCUUGUAACACUGAUAAUAUAUCAUCGUUAAACAAUCAGAAAUUAAAUAUAAAUCAUACAGAAAAUAGUAGUUAAUCUCCUAGAAAUUAUAUAAGACUGACCAUUACAUAUUAAAUAUUAAUAAUUAUAGAAUUAUUACUUCAAAAGACAUUGAUUGGAAAUACAAAAAUAAGAAAAAAGGCCCUUAUUUAAAGCAAUUAUUGAAUCUAAUCAUUAGAUAAUCAUAUAUAGAUAAAAGACUGAUUCGCAUUUAUUUUAUAUUCAAUUUCCUAGAAAGCAUGCAAAAAUUAAAUGCAAUGAAGCAUGCAGGACUAAUUUCAUUUAUUUUAGUAAUAAUACAUACUUUCAUUAACUAUAGUAUAAAAAUUUGAAUGCAAAUAUGCAUAUAUGUUAAUUUAUCAUUGAUAUAAUUAUAUUGUAUAAAAUAUUUCAUGUUCAAUGUAACAUAAAAAUCCCGAUGUAACAUUUUCAAAUUCAAUAUGUUUGUUAUAUAAUAUAAUAUUAUAUAACAUGAAAAUAACAUAAUAAUAUAAUAUAUU